UUCAAUAAUUACUCUAUUUUAACUAUGGUUCCAUUAUAUUUUCCUAAAUUUGUACUGAGUUUUGCCCUCUUUGCCCAGGCUGUGGGUGCACUGCACACUUUUAUUGCUGCUGUAUAUGAGCAUGCUGUUAUAUUGCCAAACAAAACAGAAACAGCUGUUUCAAAGGAAGAGGCUUUGCUCCUGAUGCACAAGAACAUAGAUGUUUUGGAGAAAGCAAUAAAGCUGGCAGCCAAGCAGUUAUCUCUUGGUGCACAUAUCAUUGUGACUCCAGAAGAUGGAAUCUAUGGUUGGAUCUUCACCAGGGAGACCAUUUACCCUUACCUGGAGGAUAUACCAGACCCUGAAGUGAACUGGAUUCCCUGGAGAGAUCCCAAGAGGUUUGGCUAUGCACCAGUGCAGGAGAGACUCAGUUGUCUUGCCAAGGAUAACUCUAUCUAUGUUGUUGCAAAUAUUGGGGACAAGAAGCCAUGCAAUGUUACUGACCCUCAGUGUCCUCUGGAUGGCUGCUAUCAAUACAACAUCAAUGUGGUAUUUGAUUCUGAGGGCAGGCUAGCAGCCCGAUACCAUAAGUACAAUCUUUUUGCUCCAGAGAUUCAGUUUGUUUUCCCCAAAGAUUCAGAGUUGGUGACUUUUGGGAGGUUUGGCAUCUUCACUUGCUUUGACAUUUUUUCUUACGACCCAGCUGUGGUGGUUGUGAAGGACUUUCACGUUGACAGUGUUCUCUACCCUAGGGCAUGGUACAAUACCCUGCCUCUCCUAUCAGCUGUCUCAUUCCAUUCAGUGUGGGCCAGAGCCAUGGGAGUCAACCUGCUUGCUGCAAACACCCACAACACCAGAAUGCACAUGACAGGGAGUGGGAUCUACAGUCCAGAAUCUGUCGGUGUGUACCACUAUGACAUGGAAACAGACAGCGGCCAGCUGCUCUUAUCAGAAUUGAAGUCUUGGCCCCAUCAACCCACCGCCUCUGCAAAGGUUGACUGGAGUGCUUACGCCAGAAGUAUCAAGCCAUCCUCAUCAGAGCAGGCAAACUUCCCAGGGAUGAUUUAUUUUGAUGAAUUCAACUUCACCAAGCUUUCUGGAAGCACUGGAAAUUAAGUUUGCCAAAAGGACCUGUGUUGUCACCUGACUUACAAGAUGUCAGAGAAUCGAAUGGAUGAGGCCUAUGUCCUGGGUGCCUCAGAUGGACUGCACACAGUGGAAGGCCAAUAUUACCUACAGAUAUGCACACUGCUGAAGUGUCAAACCACCAACCUGAGAACUUGUGGGGAACCCGUGGGGUCAGCUUUUACCAAGUUUGAAGAAUUCUCUCUCAGUGGCACCUUUGGGACAAACUGUUUCCCUCAGAUCGUCCUCAGUGGGAGUCAGCUCACCCUGGAGAGAUACUAUCAGAUUACGAGAGAUGGACGUCUCAGGAGCCGAGGAGGAGCCCUUUUGCCUGUCUUAGUGAUGGCCCUGUAUGGAAGAGUCUUUGAGAAGGACCCUCCACACUUAGGGCAGGGACCUGGGAUUACAAACUAUCGGGAUUAG